AUGGCACUGCCGGUCGGUUUACUACUUUUCUGUGGUGUGCUUUAUUUAGUUGUGCAUCUCAUUAGGCAACGGUACUACUACUGGAGGAACCGGAAUGUACCGACGCUUCCGAGCUCGUUUCCGCUCGGCAAUUUUGCAGGACUUCGGCACAAGUCGGUGGCAGACGUGUCCAUCGAACUGUACCGGCAGAUGGACCCCAAGGAACGCUUCUACGGACUGUCGAUCAUGCUGCAACCAACCAUCAUGAUUACCGAUCUGGAUCUGAUCAAAACCAUGCUGAUCAAAGACUUUGCCUACUUCCCGGACCAUGGCGUCUACCACAACGAGCGGGUGGAUGCACUCUCCUGCCAUCUGUUCUGUCUCGAGGGUUCCAAGUGGAAGGACAUACGGUCGAAGCUAUCGCCCACCUUCACCUCCGGACGGAUGAGGGGAAUGUUUCCGAUUCUGAUGGAAGUGUCGAAAAAUUUCACCCACUUCCUUCGCACGGCAGUGGGCAGCUCGGGUGAGGUCGAUGUGAAGGAUUGCUGUGCGCGCAUGAUGAUCGACAACAUUGGUGGGUGUGCGUUCGGCAUUGAGUGUAACAGCUUUCACGACCCGGACAGUGCGUUCCGACGUGCCGGCCAGCUGGUGUUUCACAGUCCGCGACACUCGCAGGUGGUCAAUAAUUUGCUGAGAUUGUAUCCCGCGCUAGGGCAUGUGUUUGGGCUGAAGGUGAACCACGAUGAGGUGAUUGAGUUCUUCACCGGGUUGGUCGAGCGUACGGUGGCGAUGCGUGAGAACAGUGCCACCAAGCGUAACGAUUUGAUCGAUAUGAUGCUGGAGCUGAGGGCCGGCUCGAACGGUGCCGCACUCACGAUGAACGAGCUAAUGGCGCAAGCGUUCGGAUUCUUCCUGGCCGGGUACGAAACGUCUUCCUCGAACGUGACCUUCUGUCUGUACGAGUUGGCGCUUAAUGAGGCGUGCCAGGAACGGGCCCGCGUGUGUGUGCAGGAUGCACUGCAAAAACAUGGCGGUUUAACGUACGAAGCAUUAUCCGACAUGGACUACCUAGACCGUUGCAUCAAUGAAACGCUCAGGAAAUAUCCUCCCCUGCCUUUGCUACCGCGCCUAUCCUGCAAAGCGUACAAAAUCCCUGGCAGUGAUCUCGUCAUACCGCCAAGGAUGAAGAUUCAUAUACCCGUGUACGGCAUACAGCGCGACGAACGAUACUAUCCCGAACCGGACCGGUUCGAUCCGGACCGGUUCGCACCGGAACGGAUUGCCGAGCGGCACUUUAGCACCUUUUUGCCAUUUGGCGAGGGACCGCGAGUUUGCAUCGGACAGCGGCUGGGUGUGAUGCAGUCCCGCAUUGGGUUGGCGACUAUAUUGGCUAACUUCCGGUUACGACCGGGUCCCCGGACACAGAUACCGAUCGUGUAUGCAAAGGAUGCGAUUUUGCUGCAAUCGCAGGAUGAGGUGUUCUUGCAGGUUGAGCCUUUGUAG